AGUCUCUGAGUUUUUAUUUCUUCUCUCUCUCCAAAAAACACUAAUCACAAAAAACACUCUCUGUCGUUCCCGCCACCUCCCACAGAAGAACAGUACAGUACAACCAUGGUAGACGGCGAAAUUGAAACCCUUCGCGGUCACGAGCUCCGUCUCAUCCGUUGCACCGUCUCUUUACCACCGUUAGAUCCUCCUCUCGAAACCCUAGCCGGAACCCAUCCGCACGACUCUCUCAUAGGCUCCCUUCUGUCUUCAAUCGAGGCUGGAGACUAUCUCGGAGCUUUAUCCUCCGACGCUACUAGGUUAAUACUCGGAGAUUCCGAGUUGGACCUUGUCGACUCGGUUGAUUCCGCCGAGCGAGUUUACUCGGAGAUCCUCGAAAAGGUCGAAUCGUUCGUGGUGAACGAUUCUUCUGAUGAAUUCGACAAGGCUCGCCGUGCUGUUCUCGUGAUGUGCUUAGCUAUCGCGUCUACUUUGUGGUUCACUCGGUGCAACUUGACCGGGUCUACAGAAGGAACAACAAAAUGUUCAGUACCGUUUAAAGUAUCAGAAACUAAGGAGUUAGUUGAAUGGGAGAAUUGGGCUAAGAUUCAGCUCAUGUCUGCUGGUUCUGACUUGCUUGGGAAGUUUUCUAAUCUCCAGCAUUUAGUUUUUGCGAGAAUGCUGCUGUUAAAGUUGAAAGAUUUGUUGUUUGCGACAACUGCAACUGAAACUUUUGAAGUUAGGAGUAUUUCAUGGUGGCUUGUCAGAGUUUUACUUAUUCAUCAAAGAGUUCUACACGAGCAAUCUUCAUCUUUGUUUGAGAUGUUGCAAGUUUACAUGGCCGAAGCUCUAGACCAUUUUGGUGCAUUGGAAAAAGUGAAAAGCUAUUGGUCUACCAAGUUGGUAGAAGAUGAAGCUUCAUCCAUCACGUCAACCAUCCAUCUGGAAGCAUGUGCACUGCAGUUUAUAUAUAGAAGGAUUGACCCUUCUCGGUUGCAGCUCGAAUCUGCUAAAUCAGCAGCAGGGAUCGAGUUCUCUGUUACCGGGGCUCUUGGAUUUCGUACUAUACACCAAAUAGAUGCAAAGGCACAGAUGGUAUUGAUAGCCAAGACUAGCUCAUCCAAUGGGGACGUUAGGUUGGCCUCUGAGAAAGCUGAUGUUGGACCUUAUAAAGCUUUCGAAAUUGAACCACCUGCAGUAUAUAUGACUCCCAACUUUGCCAACAACGAGAGUGAAGCUGGCAAAGAUUCUGUGCCCUUGAAACCUGUUGAACAGGCAUUGAUUUUGGCUCAGUGCCUUCUAAUUGAAAGGGGUAGUCGGCACGAUGAGAUGCAAGGGUGGGAUAUGGCUCCAUAUAUUGAGGCAAUUGAUGCUCAAAAAUCAACAUAUUUUGCUCUACGGUGUUUCUGUGACUUAUUACGUGUUCGAUGGGAAUCAACUCGAAGCCGUACAAAGGGACGCGCCCUGGAGAUGAUGGAUAAGCUGGUUGGAGCUAUUAACAAGAGCGAUCCUGGAGUAUCAAAUCGGAUCCCUUUAUGCUAUGCAGUCCUUCUUCCUACUAUUCCUGCUUUGAGAAAGGAAUACGGUGAGCUUCUGGUGAGUUGCGGUUUGGUUGGGGAAGCAAUCACAAUAUUUGAGAGCCUGGAAAUGUGGGAUGAUCUAAUACACUGCUACUGCCUCCUGGGAAAGAAAUCAGCAGCUGUAGAUCUCAUCAAUGCACGGCUUCGUGAACGGCCAAAUGACCCGAAAUUAUGGUGUACACUGGGUGAUGUUACUUUCAAUGAUUCCUGUUAUGAAAAAGCCUUGGAAGUUUCAAAUGAUAAGUCAGUUCGUGCUAAGCGGGCUCUUGCUCACAACGCAUACAGUCGGCGUGAUUUUAAGAAGUCAAAGAUACUGUGGGAGGCUGCAAUGGCCGUAAAUUCUCUGUAUCCAGAUGGUUGGUUUUAUCUUGGUAAGGCGGCGAUUAAGGUCCCUGAUGUUGAGAAAGCACUGGAUGCAUUCACUUUUGCUGUUCAACUUGAUCCUGACAACUGGAGGGCUUGGAACAACAUUGCUUGUCUGCUUAAAAUAAAGGGAAAGAUCAAAGAAUCUUUCAUUGCAUACAAAGAAGUGCUUAAAUUAAACCGAAACAACUGGGAGCUGUGGAAGAUUUUCAGCCAUGUAGCUAUGGAUGUGGGAAAUACUGAUCAGGCCUUUGAAGCUAUGCAACAGUUAAUGAGAUUGACCAAAAACAAGUGGAUUGACGCUGUUUUAUUGGACCGCAUGAUGACAGAAUUGGAAAAUAGGAAUUUAUCAUGCAAGUCAUCAAUGUCAUUGACUGAAAUCGAUGCUUCAACAAAGACUGAACAACUCUACAUAGAGUUGUUUGGGACAAUUAUUCAGCAGGUUGUCAAAGUAGAAAGUACACCUGAAAACUGGGAAUUAUAUGCAAGAUGGAGUAGAAUCAAAGGAAAUCUUACGGCAUGCAGCGAGGCACUAUUAAAAAAAGUGCGAUCAUAUCAGGGAUCAGAAGUGUGGAAUGACAAAGAGCGUUUCAAGAAGUUUGCAAGAGCGUCACUGGAACUUUGUAGAGUGUACAUGGAGAUCUCAGCUUCCACAGGAAGCAAACGAGAACUGUUGAGUGCGGAGAUGCAUUUGAAGAGCACAAUCAAACAAGCUACAGUGAGUUUCUCGGACACUGAAGAAUUAAAGGAACUUGAAAGUUGCCUUGGGGAGGUGAGAAAUGUAAUGCAGAAGAAGAGUGAAGAAGAGACUUAAAAAUACAAAAACAUGAAAGAAGAAAAGACUUGUCAUUGUCAGCAUAGAUUAAUUAGAAGAUGUCGUGCCGUUUCGACUUUUAGAAGAUAAAAAAAUGUGCGCCGUUUAUUUCUGGUAAUAUAAGAAAUCAAUUCUGACACGACAACGGAAAUAGAAUAAAAGAGAGGACCAAAAAAAAAAAACCUUAAAUAUUUUGUGAUCUGUGCGUAGCCAUCAUAUGGUUGUUGCGUCUCUUCAUCAUCAUCUCCAUCCUCGAAUCUCGAUCGCCACAUCACCGGUUUCUAGCCUUCACGAUGUGCCUUUGAGCAUGAGAUUUGGAUUGACGCGACUUCUCCCUUUGAAACGAUCUUUCCCCAAUUAUUCAAUCACUUCCCGAGAACUGCCGAAAUCGCCGGUGACCAUGGCGACAUAACAAGAAGAAGGAGGAGGAGGAGGUUUCGGUUCCUCCACCGCCGGAGAAACCAGAGCCUGGCGAUUGUUGCGGUAGCGGCUGUGUCCGAUGCGUUUGGGAUGUCUAUUACGAAGAGCUCGAAGAUUACAACAACACGCUUUCUGGACUUACUAAAUCCAAUUGAGUGAAAAAUUGCUUCUGAAUUUUUUCUCGCAUUGUUUUGUUUCUGCAAACAAAAAAUUAAAACAAUGAUUUGUCUAUGUCCAUCUGUCUCAGUGCUUUUGUUUUAACCAACAUUUUGGAUCUCUCUA